AUGGUGGGAUCAGUUCCUCUCACCGAGCAACUGCCUACUGCUCGUAAGCUCUCACUAAAAGAAGAGAUCAAGAGAACACUUGACCUCCAAGAGUCCUUGGACUGGGGCCCACGUGACUUCUUCCCGCAGGAUGAGGAAGAUAGGCCCACCUUGUUUCGUGGGGCGAGCCACCCACCCGAGCCCUUCGACACCGACCAAAUCAAGGGCCCGUUUCUUGUGGACCUCUUGAGUGGGCUUAGUGAAGACGGCAAAUGGGGCUACGUUAAUAUAUGCACGUGCAAGCCUCACAAGAAAAACGACCCUCGGUGGAAGGCCGUGCUGGCCAUCCAGCGGCGUUAUGGUAAAUUGGGCGUGAGCCACUUUCGGCUGCUGAGGAGGCUCGGGAGUGGGGACAUUGGAAGCGUGUACCUGUCGGAGCUUUGCGGGACCCGUUGCUUUUUUGCAGUGAAGGUGAUGGACAAGGCAUUUCUCGCCAGGAGUAAGAAGUUAACAAGGGUGGAAACAGAAAGGGACAUAUUGCAGCUUCUGGACCACCCAUUUUUGCCGACCUUGUAUGCAGAUUUCGAGACAGAUAGGUUCAUUUGCCUGGUUAUGGAGUACUGCCCUGGAGGAGAUUUGCAUACACUGAGGCAAAGGCAGCCUGCAAAGCAUUUUCCAGAAUAUGUUGCUCGGUUUUAUGCGGCUGAAGUCCUACUAGCGCUCGAGUACCUCCACAUGCUGGGAAUCGUAUACCGUGACCUCAAGCCCGAAAAUGUUCUCAUUCGAGACGACGGCCACGUCAUGAUUUCUGAUUUCGACCUCUCCCUGAGAUGCGCCGUCUCGCCAACCCUAAUACGAACAACCGCGCCAGACCCACCCAAACGUGGGCCUGCAGUUCUCCUCCCUCGAAUCUUUCCUAAGAGGAAGAAAAAGCCCAAUGCCAAGGCCCAACCCAAUCCCACGGUCGACUGGUGGAUGUUCGGUAUUUUCCUUUACGAGCUGCUGUACGGGAAGACACCGUUCACGGGCCCGGGAAAUUGGGCCACACUGUUCAAUGGGCUCAGGCUGCAGCUCAGAUUCCCGGAUUCUCCCCCGACGAGCAGCGCGUGCCGGGAUCUUAUCCGUAGGCUGCUCGUCAAGGAACCAGAAGGCCGACUGGGGGCAAAACGAGGAGCUAGUGAGAUAAAGCAACAUCCUUUCUUUGAGGGUGUGAAUUGGGCUUUGAUACAGUGCAGCACGCCACCAGAAUUGUCGGGCCGGGUCGUGAAUGGUAUUGGAAACGGGCGGGUUGGAUGGAUAGGGCCGGGAGGUGAGGGUAAAAUGAUGGUGGGGAUGGAUUUGACAUCUGAGGGUAAAUAUGUGGAUUUUGAGUUCUUCUAG